GAGGAGGAGGAGGGGGUGGCGAAACCUUCGGAGGAUUAUCGGGGAUGCUACGUCAGAUACUCUCACCGUCGCCUUCACCCGAGACGGGAGAGGCCGGUAUGACGGCGAUCGGUUGUAAUUUUCUCCAGGCAAAUUCGAUCUUUUCGAAUCAAUCGUCGAUGAUGCCAUCGACCUUAUCCUCAGCGACAUUGCAAACGAUACCAUCUCAUCUCUCGAUGAUCUAUCCGGAUCAAGGUGGUCUUCUGAUGGAUCAGUCGCAGCUCGUCCUCCCGGAGUCCCAUUCCUGUCCUACCUGUGGCCUUGAGUUUCGUAGCGCUCUGAAGUUAAAUUAUCACGUGAAAACGAGUCACCCAAGGCCGCCGGAGUACGAGCAACAAAACGUCGAAAUUACGGCGAGAUACUCGUGCUCCGUCUGCCCAAGGAGUUUCUUCGUUCUUGCGCACCUAAGAAUGCACGAGACGACGCACGAGAUCGCACCACAUUCCUCAUCGGUGUUAGGUGCAUCUUCGUCGAACGUGCCUACCUCUCGCGGUGCAAAUUCUGCUACCGGAUUGAUGUCCGGCAUGUCCGUCGUUGUACCUGCCGGUGCUGCUGCUACAGGCAAUGUAGAGAAAACCUUUGGCUGUGAUCGUUGUCCAGCAAGUUUUCGAUACCGUACACUAUUGGAACGUCAUAGAAGGAUGCACGAACUCGGACAAGAGAAACCUUACUCUUGUCCAAGAUGUCUCAUGCGUUUCGAGACACGUAAUCUUUACAAUCAUCAUGCUAAAACUCACAAGCCUAGCAUCGAUAUCAACGACAGACUCACAGCAGACAGCAAUGCGGUCUCUUUAACAGAUCCUACCCUUACGGUUACCGGGACUAACCCUUCUAUUGUCGGUUGUCCUCCAUCUACAACGGUUGUCGCUGCUAAUGCCAACAAAUCGUUGACAACGGCCUCUUAUCCUUGCGACUCCUGUUCGAAACAAUUUGCCACCAUUGAAUCCCUCACCAGUCAUAAGGCUGUACAUAGAUCCAGGCCAUUGGUUUGCGAUGUUUGUGGAAAGGGUUUCACUCAUCGCAAAUAUUACGUCGUUCAUCAACGCAUUCACACCGGCGAGAGGCCUUAUUUAUGCGCUAUGUGUGGUAAAUCAUUUACUCAAGCGUCCACCCUCACGGUUCAUCGUCGAUAUCAUACUGGAGAACGACCAUAUACUUGUACGCUUUGUGGGAAGGGAUUCGUUACGAGAACUAUCAUGCUCAAUCAUAUGAAGAAACAUUGAAAAGGAUAUUCUAUCUAAAGAGUUGUUUCUCGUGAUAGCUUAUAAUGAAAAUAGCGCGUUGAGGAUCUCUUUAUUAUAUAUAUAUAUA